CAGAUGAACUGAACACAUGCCACCUGUCUCGUGACAAAAUGAACCGCCAAAUUACACUCAUCUCUCAGAGUUUGUGUUGGUGCUGCGGGUGACAGCGAAUAAGCGGAUCAGCGGAGUGUUUUGUAGGGAAAAAUGAAGAAACCCAUCAAGCGGAACAGGAAGAGAUUGAUGAAGAGUGUGUUGGACUACCUAAAGUCGGACACUUACAUGUUUUCUCCUCUAAUUUCGUCUGAUUUUCGGGUAUCAAAGAUGAAGAAACCCAUGAAGCCAAUAAACAAGAGAUUACUACUCAAGUCGGUUGUGGAUUAUCUCAAAUCAGACACUUACUUGUUUGCUCCUCUUUUCUCUAAUAAACCGUCUUGUUUUACAGAGCCAAAGACUCCCUCUUCUUCUUGUUCUUCUUUUUCCGAAGGGUCAGAAAUGAAGGAAAAAAGUGGAGGAGAUAGCUUGGGAUUGCUGACGAAGUAUGGAGAGUUUCUCAAGUCUGAUUCUUUUAUGUAUGGCCCCUUGGUUGCUCCUCUGCACGUUAGUUCUUCAAUUGGAUCUUCCCAUCAUGUCAAGAAGAUUACCGUGGAAGUUUCACCAAGGAAAUUAACUUCAAAGAAUGAUCAAUCUGCGAAUGGACUAACAGAGAACGUGUUCUCUGAGGAAAACGUUUCUGAAACAAGCAUCUUGGGUCGACAAAGUUUAAGACACAGGGAGUCGGUGAAGCACAUAAUUCACCAUAGCUAUCGCCCUACUUCAGUUUCAGGGAAAAGGAUACUCAGAUCACAGUUGAGCAACUUUAUUUAGGUGAUACUGAUAGUGAUUAGCUCAUGUGUUUUACUUUUUCGUGCGAACUUGUCAAAUGUGUGGAACAAAAUUCUCUUCCUCCCUCUAUUUGACAAACAAGCCUGCCAUGGAAGGUGUCGGCAUGCUAAAGUGUUAGAAACAACCAAAGGAGAGCGGACGUAUAUGUUUUCUUUGUACAAAGGGUGUUCAGGUAACCUUUCCUAGCUCUAAUAAUGUCAAAUAUUACAUGUAGAGAGGGAAUUGUGUCUUUUUGGUUUUGCGUAUGUAAAAAAAUUAUUCUCACUGAAAA